AUGGGGGUGGGAGGGAAAGCGCUCCAGAACACCCGCGUCCAGUUGGGUCCCCGAGCCCUGCGCGAGCAGAUAGCGUGGGUGUGGCCCUUAUCCGCCUCCCCUGUCCCCCCGGAUCGCCGGCGGGGUGAUGCGCUGAGAUCGCUAACUCCUUUCGCCUCAUUUUUCUCGUUCCCCUCGUGGUGCCUCUUCACCCGCAGGUUUCUUCAUGGGCCGGACGGUGGUCGUGCUGGGCGGAGGGAUCAGCGGCUUGGCCGCCAGUUACUACCUGAGUCGGGCCCCCUGUCCCCCCAAGGUGGUCUUGGUGGAGGGCAGCGAGCGCCUGGGAGGCUGGAUCCGCUCAGUACGCGGGCCAGAUGGUGCUAUUUUUGAACUUGGACCUCGAGGAAUUCGGCCGGCAGGAGCCCUGGGAGCCCGGACCCUGCUCCUGAUUUCUGAGCUUGGCUUGGACUCAGAAGUGUUGCCUGUCCGGGGAGACCAUCCAGCUGCCCAGAACAGGUUCCUGUAUGUAGGUGGUGCUCUGCAUGCCUUGCCCUCUGGCAUCAGGGGGCUCCUCCGCCCUUCACCUCCCUUCUCCAAGCCUCUGUUCUGGGCUGGGCUGAGGGAUUUGACCACCCCUCGUGGCAAAGACCCUGAUGAGACUGUGCACAGUUUUGCCCAGCGCCGCCUUGGUCCUGAGGUGGCGUCUCUAGCCAUGGACAGUCUCUGCCGUGGAGUGUUUGCAGGCAACAGCCGUGAGCUCAGCAUCAGGUCCUGCUUUCCCAGUCUCUUCCAAGCUGAGCAAACCCACCGUUCCAUAUUACUGGGGCUGCUGCUGGGGGCAGGCCGGGGCCCACAGCUGGACUCAGCACUUAUUCGCCAAGCUCGGGCUGAGCGCUGGAGCCAGUGGUCACUCCGUGGAGGGCUGGAGACAUUGCCCCAGGCCCUCAACGCCCACCUGACUAGUAGGGGUGUCAGUGUUCUCCAAGGCCAGCCAGUCUGUGGGCUCAGUCUCCAGGCAGAAGGGCGCUGGAAGGUGUCUCUAGAGGACAGCAGCCUGGAGGCUGACCACAUUAUUAGUGCCAUUCCAGCUUCAGUGCUCAGCAAGCUGCUCCCUGCUGAGGCUGCACCUCUGGCCCGUGCCCUGAGCACCAUCACUGCUGUGUCUGUGGCUGUGGUGAAUCUGCAGUACCGAGGAGCUCGUCUGCCUGUCCAGGGAUUUGGACAUUUGGUGCCUUCCUCAGAAGAUCCAGUUAUCCUGGGAAUUGUGUAUGACUCCGUUGCUUUCCCUGAGCAGGAUGGGAGCCUGCCUGGCCUCAGACUGACUGUGAUGCUGGGAGGUUCCUGGUUACAGACACUAGAAGCCAGGGGCUGUGUCUUAUCUCAGGAGCUGCUCCAACAGGAGGCAGAGAAAGCUGCUGCCACUCAAUUAGGACUGAAUGAGCCACCAAGUCACUGCUUGGUCCAUCUACACAAGAACUCUAUCCCCCAGUAUACAUUAGGCCACUGGCAAAAAUUGGAGUCAGCUGCCCAAUUCCUGGCUGCUCAGAAGCUGCCUUUGACUCUGGCCGGGGCCUCCUAUGAGGGGGUUGCUGUCAAUGAUUGUAUAGAGAGUGGGCGUCAGGCAGCAGCCCGUGUCUUAGGCACAGAACCUAACAGUUGAUCCUCAGCUCCCACUUCUUCUUGCCCCUGGUGGCAGGGAUUCUCCCACCCAUGGAAAUAAAAGUUGCUAAAGCUUG